AUGUCCAACCUUUAUUUUGACAUCAGGGAUGAUCAAUGGCCUUUGGUGUAUGAUGAUAAUUAUAAUGUAUCCUUUAUGGGUCUCGAGAAGUUCCAUGUUUUUGAUGCCAAGAAAUGGCGCAACAUUGUUCAGAAUCUUAAAAAUGCAAAUCUUAUUACCGAUGAACGUUUGGUGAAGCCUCUUGAAGCCAAAAAAAGUGACCUGUUGCUGGUUCAUACAAAAAAGUAUCUAAAAUCAUUAAAGUGGAGUGCCAAUGUCGCUAUGAUAGCUGAGGUGCCAAUAAUCGCUUGUGUGCCAAAUGUACUAGUUCAAUAUGCCUAUUUAAAGCCUAUGAGGUUACAAACAGGUGGUUCCAUUCUAGCAGGGAAGUUAUCUUUAGAAAGGGGGUGGGCCAUCAAUAUAGGCGGUGGGUUCCACCACUGCAGUGGUGAGAGUGGCAGCGGGUUCUGUCCGUAUGCCGAUAUUACAUUGCUCAUACAGUUCCUGAUCUCUAAUAACAUGAUCCAGAAUGCAAUGAUUGUUGACUUGGAUGCCCAUCAGGGUAAUGGAUAUCAACACGACUUCCUCGGGGUACCCGAAGUGUAUAUAAUGGAUAUGUACAAUCGUCACAUAUACCCUCGGGAUAAGGAGGCCAAGCAAGCGAUCCGAAGGAAAGUCGAGCUCGGCAAUAAAGUUGAAGAUUUGGAGUACAUGCUCAAGCUUAGAACAAAUCUUAAAGCUGCACUGAAGGAAUUCAAGCCAGAUAUAUUAGUUUAUAACGCUGGAACAGACAUAUUGGACUCCGAUCCUCUUGGUCAAAUGAGGAUAAGUGAAAUUGGAAUAGUGAAAAGAGACGAAUUUGUAUUCGAGAUAUGUAAAGAAAAUAAUAUACCGAUAGUAAUGCUGACCAGCGGAGGGUACCUCAGGAAAACUGCUAGAAUUAUAGCAGAUUCUAUUGUAAAUUUACACAAAAAAGGACUUAUUAGUGGAAAGGGUCGAGCGAAAUUGAAUUAAAUUUAUUAUUAUAUUGAUUCAUUCUUAAGCUAGUGUGCUGUACAUAAAAUGAUAUGGUAUUUACAAAAAGCUAGAAAAGGCAUAGAGUACCGCUACUAUGAAUUGUAGUUUGUAAAAUGAUGCAUUACAUCCUAAUCACUCGAAUCUCGAAUUAUAAUACAAAAAAAUUUCUUUAUAGAAAUUUGUCAUCUUUGGUGGAUCGGUUUGUUAGAAAUUUUAGUUCUCAUUGCGGAGGAGAUACGAUAAUGGCGGUAAGAAUAUUGAAUGAAAUGUAGUUUAUAGUACUAUUAGACGCAAUACUUAACCAGUGAUAUAAUUGAUCUCAAGUACAAUGAAGUGAGAAUAUUAUUGUAUAAAUGCAAAUGAAAUUUGCGAUACUCUUUGUUAAUGUUUUAAUGUGAUAUUAUUCUGGAUUAGCUUUAGAGUUUAUUUUCCAAAUAAAUCAUAUUUAUCUUACUUAAUAAAAAUAUCGUUUUAUUUUAAAACUAACGCCCACGCCUUCGUCCUACCCCUUAUUGCAUAAGCUAUCUGCCAGUGAAAGUCCCGUCAAAAUCGAUCGAGCCCUUUCAGAGAUUAGCCGGAACAAACAGACAAAACAAAAAUGAAAACAUGUUAUUCUGGUAUAUGUACCGUGAAUACAUAUGUACCUAUUUAGUGAAAAGCAGAUAUUUUA